ACGGCGGCAGGCUUUUAACCGGAACAGCCGCGUCGCGGGCACGCUCCCCACAGAACACUCGCGCGGUCGCUUUCGUGGCCUGCCCAGUUCUCUUCCGCGUCCGGAUCGCGGAUUGUAAACGGCCGCGUUUACGUGCCUCGCGCAUAGCUGCCGCUCUGCCCCUGUGAGUUAGGUGACCAAAAUGGCAAAUGUGUUACACAGGGCUGCAGAGAUGUCAGGGGAACUAUCGUGAUCCACGCUGCAAGGAGCGCACUGUGGCGCGUCGGAGACACGCCUACCAUUGCUCUUCUGAUUCUGCACAGACGCCGCACAAUGCCACACAAGAUCGGCUUCACUGUCAUUUAUGCCACCGGUGAGGACGAGCAGCACCGCGCCACCGAGCUGAACGUGCACGGGCCCACGGUGCGCGGCUGGCAGUCCGCGCAGGCCUGCACCUACCCGCAGGAGCUGGUGCUGCAGCUGCACGCAGAGGCCGUCGUCAGCAGGAUACAGAUCCUGGCGCACCAGUUCCUCAUCCCGGAGCGGCUGGAGCUGUGGGCAGGCAGCGACGUGGACGAGUCGGACCCGCAGAGCCUGUGCGGCUCGCACUUCGAGUACCUGGGCUACAUCACGCUCUCCAGCAACGAGAGCACCGCCUUCAAGUCCCGGGAGCUCAAGUCGGUCACCGUCCCCUCCUGCAAGGCCAGGUUCCUCAAGCUGCGCCUGCACAGAAACCACCCAAACGCCUUUAACGUCCACAACCAGGUGAGCCUCAUCGCGGUGAACGUGCUGGGCCAGCUGUGCGAGCCGGACGGCUGCGGCCGCGAGAACAACAACAACGGCCUGCCCAACAACCACAACGCGCUGCUGCUGGUCAGCAACCCGCAGUACACCUCGCCCUACGACGACCUCGCCUUCGAGAUGUACGUCGACCCCGAGGUGGCCAGCAUCAUCCGCACCAUGGAGGCCAAAAAGCAGCAGGCUGUCAUAAACGAGAGGUUCGAGUACGCGCGCCGACUGAAGCUGGCCAUGGCGGACCUCCGCGUGGCGGGCGAGCGACUCAGCAAGCUGGAGCUGGAGAAGCGGCACGCCAUCAGCUGCGAGGACUACGACCGCGCCAAGCUCAAGAAGUCGCAGCUGGACCAGUACCGCCACACCGUCUACCGCUUCCUCGAGGUCGAUGACCUGCUCGAGCUCAGCGGGCCCGUGGCGAAGAACGACGAGAGCCUGGACGUGGGCGGCUCUCCGGUGUCGCCGCUGCACCACCACACCAGGCCCAAGACCCCGCCCGCGCACGUGCACGCCGCCACCGCCACCGAGGGGGCACCAGCGGCAGCACGGGUGAGCCCGUCGUCGUCGCCCACAAACAUGCAGCUGAGCCACAGCCACAGCCAAACGCAGAGCCUGCAGCUGCACACGGGCUCUCUGCGUAGCUCGCAGCGACGCCGCAACAAGUCUGCGGGCGCCGCGCUGCCCGCCAGGAACAGCUACGAGGCCUACGAGGAGCGCACCGUCCCCGCACUGAGGCACUGCCAUGCUAGCAGCCUGAGAGAGUGCCAAGUGGAAAAUGAAACAUCAAGCAGGUCAAAAAUUAGUGAACGAGAAAAGAAACAGGCUGCUCUUCCAAUCACAGUCUUUGGACUGGAAUUGGUUGAGAAGUUCUACUCAAAGCAGUAUUCAGACAAGGAGGAGGGUUUGCAGCAGUUGAAAGAUGUGCUUCGGGCAUAUGCAUCUGGAGAGAAACAUCCUGAGCAACCAAGUGCUUCACCAAACAAAAUUGCAAGGGCUGCAAUUUUCUUAUUACACAGGGCACUCAGGGAUAAGGUAUAUUCCGUCUACAGUUUGGCAGCUGAAAAUAUUAGGCUGUUUUUCUCAGAAUUUGUUCCUACCAGGGUUACUUCAGCAGAGGUAUCUAGAAGUGUAGAGCGUCUGCUCCCAGAACUGUUGUCCAAAUCUGGUGACACCACUCCACGGAUUCAUAAUAUGGCUGUUCACACCAUACUUAGUAUGGCAGACUGCCAGGAGGUCAGAGAGCUGCAUAUUAUACCAGUGCACCUUACACGUCCAUUAACGAGCAGCAUACAUCCUAGACUUGCUCUCAGCCGCAUUGAGAUGGUGGAACAGUUGGUUUUAAGCCACGGUAUCUCUACAGACAAGCAAAGUGGUUUGACAUGCCGUGUACUUGCUGAGUUUGGCUCAUCUGGUCUGCAUCAUCCUGCUGAAGCAGUGCGUAAAGUGGCAGAGAGAGUGCUCACUCUUGUGUACAGGGUCAAUCCUCGACUUGUGAGGAAACAGCUGCCACCUGAUGAUGACAUUACUCGGAGGAACCUUCUAUAUCGUCAGUUGUUUCAUGAAUUUGAUCUCAUUGACAUGCAGCGGAAGAGGGAGGUCCUAGAAAGAAACAGGCAAGUGGUUCGUGCAGCUGCACAAGUUACAAACGUGUCUACAAGUCCUACAAACAAUGCAAAUGUCAACAAAUCACCUGGCCAUCAAACAGGAAGCAGUUCCUCAUCAGCAAGUAUAAUAACCUCACCAAGUGAUGCAUCUCAGCAAGACGUCAGUGAUGACAAAAUGUGUAUUUUCUGCCUUGUGAGAGCAGAAAACUUCACCGAGGAAGGAUUAAAUAUACAUUACUGGCGUUCAUGUCCCAUGUUAACACGUUGUGUGCACUGCAAGCAAGUUGUUGAGAUAUCAGUCCUGUCGCAUCAUCUGACAGAUGAAUGUGACAUGCGACACCUGUACAAGAAAUGUGAGCGUUGCACUGAAGCCAUCCUGGAAGAUUAUUUUGAUGACCACAUCAGCUCUACUGAAUGUGUCCCUGUGGAACCCCUAAGCACUGCCAACCACUGUCCAUUAUGUCACAGCAACAUUCCACCAUGGGAGGAUGGUUGGCGACAGCAUUUGAUGAACCUGCCCUGUCCAAACCACCCCAGGAAGAAGCACAUUAAAAAUCGUUCCAAAUCUCCACCAGAGGACAAACACAACAGUAACCAAUAAUCACAUCACUGUCAUAUAUACUUCAACUACAAAAUAGAGAAUGUGGGAAAUGGGUACCCUUCAGUUUUAUAAUUGUCUUCAAUAUUCGUAUUAUACAUCGCAACAAAUGUAAACCUUGGACUUGCUUUUUAAGACU